UUGUUAUAUGUACAAUACAUACAUAAAAAAUGCAUCAUUUUCGAUAAUCGAUAACUGAGCUUAGUGGUCACCACUGUCACUAGUGAUCAUUUCCGUUUUCGAGAGAUUCCUUCCUCCUUCCUCUGUCUUUUGGUAAUAAACUACACAGCGGAAUGUCGCUCGUAAUUCCCGAGAAGUUCCAGCACAUUCUUCGUGUCAUGGGCACGAACAUCGAUGGUAACAGGAAAGUCAUGUUCGCCAUGACUGCGAUCAAGGGUGUUGGUCGACGUUAUGCUAACAUCGUUCUGAAGAAGGCGGAUAUCGACUUGGACAAGCGUGCUGGAGAGUGUUCGGAGGAGGAAGUUGAAAAAAUCGUCACUAUCAUGGCCAAUCCCAGACAAUACAAGAUUCCCGAUUGGUUCCUCAACAGACAGAAGGAUAUCGUCGAUGGAAAGUAUUCACAGCUCACGAGUGCCAACUUGGACUCUAAAUUGCGCGAGGACUUGGAGAGGAUGAAGAAGAUUCGCGCUCACAGAGGUCUGCGUCACUACUGGGGCCUCCGUGUACGUGGUCAGCAUACCAAAACUACCGGUCGUCGUGGACGUACAGUUGGUGUGUCGAAAAAGAAGUAAACCUUUAUACAUAUUCUAUGUACUAUUAAUAAUAAAUCUUUAAACGGUGAA